AUGGAGCUGGACAUGUGGAACGACGACCUGCUUGCCGGCGACUGGAGCCUGCCAGUCGACCACUCCGGUGGCCUGUUCGAUGACCUUAAGUCAGAAGGUUGCCUCUGUGGCAACGACCCUCUCAGCCUUCAGCUCCAGGAUGCUGUCGAGCGUGUGAGAAGUGAAUCUCCAUCCAGAAAUGAAGAUAUCCUGGGAACUGAAUGGAUGGAGUCAUCGGACCUUGGCUCUCUUUUGGAGGUCAUGGGCAACAGCCGUGACAAGCUGCUGCCACUGGAUGCCGGUCUGAUUGAGUACACAUAUUCGAUAGCUCCUGACGAGCCUGUCACUUUUGUUGAGCCCAUUGCUGAACACAACUCAAAACUUUAUAAAAAUGCAGCACUAUAUAGUUCCAUAGAAAAUUUCCUGAGUGCCAUACCUAUCACUGAUCAAUCUCCAGGGAUUAGCACAUCGAAAGUUUCCUUUGAUGCAUUUCUGUCGCCACCCAGUUCUCCAGAGCAGGUGGCUCCUGUAGUUAAGGCAGAACCCAUAGACAUUACAACAGGUGUGCAAGCGAGGACACUCAGUUUGUGCCCAGACACAGCACAGUUGUUCGGCGAGGAGUUUAGUGCCUCUGUAGGCGAGGGUGAUCCUAUUUUUAAUGGCCUGGAGGUCACAUUUGAUGAUGCAACAGAAUUCAUCAGUUCCCCACUGUCGGCGGAUGAUGUUGACAGCAUGCUGUCGUCAGUGCCAACCUCUCCAUCAAAUAGCAGUCACAGCAGUAGCAUCAUUGAGUCCAGCCCGGAGCUCUACAGAGUCAUUCUGACUUCAACCAUCGAAGACACCAAGAGGUUUUCACCUUACUCCAAGCCUAAAGCAUCAAAGCAAACUAAAGGGUCAGGUAGGAAUAGAACACCUACAGAGCCUGUUACAGAUCACAUCAUCGGGGAAGAGCUCAGCAAAAAGGACAGGAAGAAACUACAAAAUAAAAAUGCAGCAAUUAGGUACCGCAUGAAGAAGAAGGAAGAAGCUGUGGGUAUUAAAUCAGAGGAGCAAGAGUUAGAAGAAGCCAAUCAGGAGCUAAAGGGAAAAGUUGAUGAUUUACAGCGGGAAAUAAAAUACAUGAAAAAUUUGAUGGAAGAAGUACUUAGAGCUAAGGGGUUAAUGUAG